UAGCUUUCAUACAGGAAUGGCAGAAGAUGAGCCUGAUGCUAAGAGCCCUAAGACUGGGGCGAGGCCCCCCCAAGGUGGUACAGAUGCUGGGGAACCUACCACACUUCUUCAAAGGCUCCGGGGUACCAUUUCCAAGGCCGUGCAGAACAAAGUAGAGGGAAUUCUGCAAGAUGUACAGAAAUUCUCGGACAAUGACAAACUCUAUCUCUACCUUCAGCUACCUUCAGGGCCCAGCACUGGAGACAAAAGCUCAGAGCCAAGUACACUCAGCAAUGAAGAGUACAUGUAUGCCUACAGGUGGAUCCGCAACCACCUGGAAGAGCACACGGACACCUGUCUGCCAAAACAGAGCGUUUAUGAUGCUUAUCGGAAGUAUUGUGAGAGUCUUGCCUGUUGCCGCCCACUCAGCACAGCCAACUUCGGCAAAAUCAUCAGAGAGAUCUUUCCUGACAUCAAGGCCCGAAGACUUGGUGGCCGGGGCCAGUCUAAAUAUUGCUACAGUGGUAUACGAAGGAAAACCUUGGUGUCUAUGCCACCCUUGCCUGGACUUGACCUAAAGGGUUCAGAAAGUCCAGAAAUGGGCCCAGAAGUAACCCCAGCACCUCCGGAUGAGUUGGUAGAGGCCGCCUGCGCCCUGACCUGUGACUGGGCAGAGCGGAUCCUGAAACGGUCCUUCAGUUCCAUUGUUGAAGUUGCCCGCUACCUGCUCCAGCAGCACCUCAUCUCUGCCCGAUCUGUACACGCCCAUGUGCUUAAGGCCAUGGGGCUGACUGAAGAGGAUGAACCCACCCCUAGGGAAAGGUAUUCUAAAUCCAAGAAUGGAGCAGAGAAUCUGGAAGGUGGAGUCCAUAAGAAACCUGAAAGGCCAGCUCAGCCUCCUAAGGAACUGGAAGCCCGGACAGGGGCUAGCCCUCCAGUGCGUGGUGAUCGGAAGAAGAGUGUAAUUGAGAGCUCGGCCUCUGCACCCAGUAACCCACAGGUCAAUGCCCUAGUGGCCCGGCUGCCUCUGCUCCUUCCCCGGGCCCCUCGAGCACUGAUUCCACCAAUUCAAGUCUCUUCACCCAUCCUGGCCCCCAAGAUUUCUUCAAGUACACUGAAAGUGGCUACACUGCCUCUGCCCAGUAGGGCUGGAGGACCCCAAGCAGCGGUACCCAUCAUUAACAUGUUCUUACCAACUGUUCCUGCUUUGCCUGGGCCUGGACCUGGACCUCAGUCUGGGCCAGGCCCAGGGAGAGCCCCAGCUGGGGGACUUACUCAGUCUCAGGGAACAGAGAACAGAGAGGUAGGCAUAGGUGGUAACCCACGACCCCAUGACAAGGCUGUCAAGAGGACAGCUGAAGUACCAGUUAGUGAGGCCAGUGGGCAGGACCCAGCAGUUAAAGCAGCAAAGCAGGAUACAGAGGAUACAGUAAGUGAUGCCAAAAGAAAACGUGGGCGCCCUCGAAAGAAGUCUGGUGGAAGUGGGGAAAGACAUUCCACCCCUGAGAAGUCAGCAGCUGCCAUGGACUCAGCCCAGGCCUCAAGGUUAUCAUGGGAGAAGUGGAGUUCAGGAGGGAAAAGCAACUCAGCUGGAGAGUCAGAGAUGCCAGGGCCAGCAGGAGAGGCUGAGCAAGGGGCAGCGCUUGCCCUUGGUCAGGAAGAUGUUGCUGGUUGCAAAGGAGGAAGGGCCCCCAGUUUGCAGCAAGCCAAAGAAACAGAAGAUAAAAUUGCUCUCGUUCCCCCAAAAGUGAGUGUAAUCAAGGGCAGCAGAAGCCACAAGGAGGCUCUUCAGUUUGUAAAAGGAGAGGCAGAUACUGCAGCCCAGGGAAAAGGCUUCAAGGGGCAUGUCCUUCAAAGAUCCUUAACCCAUGAGCGGAAAGAUCCUAAAGCAACUCCCCCCUGAUAGACCUGUGGGGAAGAGUGGCUAGAUCUACAUAUUAACUACCUGAUCGCCUGCUAGAGGCCUUUCUCUGCACUUGCUUCUUACUUGGCUAUUUCCCUAAGGGAAUCCAUUGUCCUCUGCAUAGACAGCUGAGUCACCCAGUGUUACAUAGAGCCUGGUGGCUGCUUUUAACCUUUCUAGCUCAAUACUUUGACUUUCAUAUAACACAAAUCUGUAGUGGCCUUCUGGUCUGGAUCCCUUUGCUCUCCUCUGGGAAGGCAAGGGUAAGUAUGAUGAAUGUAUAGCUAAGGAUCUCCUGAUUUUCAACCAUAACCUAACUCAAACUCAUUUAUCGGCUCAUGUAACUGAAAGUCUAGAGGUAAUGCUGGCUCUAGGCGAACGAAAUUAGACCUGGCAAAAUCAGGCAAAAUUGGUCUCACUGCUCCACCUAAUGUAAACCAUCUUAAGCCCGGGUCACCUCAUAGCUGCCAGCAUGCCUAAGAUUACAUGUUUGCCCACUUAUGACCAAUUGGAAAGAGAGAGUAUCAUUGUGCCAGAUACCCUAGUAAAAGACUCACUCUGAUUAAGCCAACCUGGUCACAUGUCCACCCCUGACCAAUUAGUGUGGCCAGGAGGAUGGUAAGCAGCUAUGCUUAUGCCACACCUUCAGGGGAAAAGGGUAGAAUCAGCCUCCUUGAGAUCAGAUUCCACAGAUGAAGACUGGGCCAGGGGUUUCUGGGAGGCAGCUAACAGCCUUCAACAACUACCAGGUGCAUGCAUUUUAAGCUUGAUAAGUCUAGAUCAGCUAGACCUACAGCCCUUUCCCUUCAGUCUUGCAUUUCCCUUACCGCAGCUAUAGCUUCUUUCCUCUUGAUCUGGCCUCUGAAGAGAGAGAAGGAAGUCAUUCUCCUUUGGAGACUUUCUUCAUCCUCACCUAUUAGACACAUACUUUUUUUUCCCACCUACAUCUCAGAAACAGACCUUUUUUUUCUUCUCUUUUUCUGAACUUACACUUUCUUCUCACUCCCUAUCCCCCAGUCUGUUGCCCCUUUCACCAAGUAGAGUGAGAUUACUUCCUAGUUAUUUCAUUAAAUUCAUUCUGUAUCCACCAGG